AGCUAUCAUUCUCCUCCCUGUAGGAGGUGCUAGUCGGUGUGGGAGGAGGAGACGGAAGUGUCAGCGGACAUGUGAAGACCUAGAGGCCGGGGAGAUGAUUGGUAGAUCGGUGUGUGCCGGGGUCCGGGCUGUACUCCGGGGGUCAUCUCUAUCAUCCAUCACCAUGAACCGGGCACUGAGCGCCGACCACCGAGGUAAUCUUUUAAGGAACAAAACAAAAAGCACGAUCUGUGUAGAGGGGAACAUAGCAAGUGGGAAAACCAGCUGUCUCCAGUACUUCUCCAACACUGAAAACCUCGAGGUGUUAACUGAGCCUCUGGCUAAAUGGAGAAAUGUUCAUGGUCAUAAUCCACUGGCCUUAAUGUACCAGGACCCGUCAAGAUGGGGGCUUACGUUGCAGACCUACGUGCAGCUCACUAUGCUGGAUGUCCACACAAGGCCAACAGAGGCUCCCGUUAAAAUGUUGGAGAGAUCCAUUCACAGCGCAAAGUACAUCUUUGUAGAAAACCUGUACAAAAGCGGGAAGAUGCCUGAAGUGGAUUAUGUGGUUUUAUCGGAGUGGUUUAGCUGGAUCAUAAAGAACAUCGACCUCUCUGUAGACCUCAUAGUGUAUCUGCGGACGUCUCCAGAAACCUGCUAUGAAAGGUUAAAAAUGAGGCGCAGAGAAGAGGAGCGGGUGAUACCGCUGGAAUAUCUGUACACCAUUCACAGUCUUUAUGAAGAGUGGCUCAUUAAGCAGACCUCGUUUCCUGUGCCAGCUCAGGUCCUGGUGAUCGAUGCGGACAAGAACAUGGAAGAGAUGACUCGGCACUAUGAAGAGAACCGCGGCAAAAUCCUCUUUGCUUGACACAAGAACAUUAUUUCCUACAACAUUCCAAAGAGCAAAAGUGACAUCCUAACAAAAGUACAUUUUGCUGCUCUGUGUUGGUGCACCAAACCAAUGUUUCUGAGCAUGCAGCCUGUGCCAUCACAAGGCAUUCAUAGGCUGUAAAGUUUUAAUUUCACAAGACGGUUGGUAUAUACAAAAAAACGUUGGAUCAGCAUGUAGGGGCCAAGCAUUUAGAUCAGGGGUCUCAAACUAGCGGCCCGCCAGCUGUUGCGAAACUACAAGUCUCAUGAUGCAUUGCAAGGCUGACGGUUACAAGCAUGACUCAAAAAGGCAUGAUGGGACUUGUAGUUCCACAACAGCUGGAGGGCCACCCAUUUGAGACUUUGAUUUAGAGACAGACUUGCUUUCAGUGGACCAAUUUGUAUAUAGAAUCUGAAUCUCUAUGAUGAUACCAGACAAUCAAAAAUCUGUCGUGUAACAAAAGCAAUGGAUAACUUGAAGCUCUGGGCCCAUUCCCACCCCUCCAGUGCAUUUGUGGCAUGCUGUAUCCUUUAUCUUCAAUAGCACUCCAAACGCACAAAUCCAACAGACGCCCAAUGCACAUGCAUUGCAGCACAUCACAAUAUCGCACUUCUGUGCGUUGCAUUUUGUUGGACAGAACACUGGAUGUCUUUAUUUUUUAUUUCAUCCGUCAUGGUGCAUUGGUAACCCAUUAAUUUGAAUGGGGUGUCUUAAAGUCAGUGCACAGUGUGAAUGGGCCCUACAGACUCUGCUAAUGGAAGCUGUUACUUUCCUUUUGCGUAAAGUAAACAAAAACACAAAAAAAAAGUGUUUUUAGUUUUGACCCCCUGAGAUCAGGCAGGACAAAGCCACAGUGGGGGCAUUAAAGAGGAAUUCAACCUCAAAACUGGUUAAAAAAAAAAAAAAA